ACAGGGCUCCCUGUAUACGAGCGUCCGGCUGUUUGAGAUGCCUGCUGGGCUUCGGAUCGUCUGGUUGCUGCGUCGUCGUCGCUGGUCGUCUCGCUGCUCGUGAAAAUGCGGGAUUAAGGAGAAAGUCGAAGGGUUGGAGGUUUGAUGUUUCAGAAGGGGGUUAGCGCGGCUGAGUCAGAGUUUAGUCAGAAGCUGAGUAAGAUGUUAGGUAAGUGGUGUGACUAAGCGGGCACAUGACAUCAGCGCCAAACCAAGAUAAACAGGGCGAAGGCGAACGACGUUGAACUACAACAGCAUUGAAAGACGGCGAGGGAAGACAACAGCCACGAACGGGCAGGGUGAAGAGACGACGAGCGACGACGACGACGACAAGCGAUAGGGCGAGGCCGGCAGCGUGAAACGUCUGGGCAGGAUCUGUUAGGUACCACCGCGUGAAGCCUAGUCCGGCUGAUCUUCGCCUGCAACGCUUUCGGCCGGAGGAAUCAAAACAUCAUCAGCCCGUUAAGAGAGACACAACAGCCAGCCUAGGGGCCUCUGCAGACACAGAGACAUACGGAGUACUACCACGAUAUUGCCAGUGUCUCCAAGAGACCUGGUUGCUGCUGCUCGAGUGUCCUUUUUGCUGCGUUUGCCGGCGUCGUGCUAGUUGACUUCCGCCUGAACCAGUUUAUCACAGAAUACGGUUCCAUGGGACGCGAAGCGGGAGCUUCCUUUGGGCUUCAACCAAGGGACUACAGUGUUCUCCCCGCGAAGAGCUCAUGUAAGAUCGACGAGGGUUACUCAGACGAAACGAAGAGCGUGCAGGAAAAUGAGAGCGUUCAGGACUCGCUCGAGCUGCCUGCAUGGAUCCUCGCGCGCAGUGAAGCAGAUAGAGCUGAACUGGCAUACACCCUGCUGAGAACAUUGCGGACCUCCUCCAUCACCGGGGUUAUCGAACGUCUGACCCCAUUACUCCAUAUGGAUCCCGUACGGAAGCUUCCGCCAGAGAUAACGGCUGAAAUAUUCUCCUACCUCGAUCCUACCACGCUCCUGACGGCAUCGCUUGCCUCGAAACCAUGGCGCAGCAGGAUCCUCGAUUCUAGACUAUGGCGCGGACUAUACAUCAAGGAAGGAUGGAGACUCAACAUGAGCUCGAUUCGGGAAUUCCAUCGCCAGUCAAGUGAGAUCGCCAAGCAACAGCAAGGCAGAAAAUCCAGAAACAGGCACUCGGAGUCAGAGUCUGGUCAGCCUCAGCUCAAGAGGCGUGCGCUCGCCUGUGACCGUGCUGGGGCUGGUCCUCCUGAGGUGGUUAUCGGCAGGAUGCCCACAGACACCGAGGGAGACCAUGAAAUGCAUGAUGCAGUAACGGUCGAGCCUAACUCACCCAUGGAGAUCUCCUCCCCUACACGCUUGGCCGCCCGGCUCGCUGAGAAGUGUAAUGUGCCCCACUCUCUUGACCCUUCAAUGCACUCUCCGGGCUUUGACUCCCUCUUCACAGAUGACCGGUCACCCCUCCCUUACUCCUCGGCCGCUGUAUGGUCCCGCAACGGACCUACCUUGAACUGGGCCUACCUGUACAAACAACGUCAGAAGUUAGAAGAAAACUGGCGUCAUGGCCGGUUCACUAAUUUCCAGCUGCCCCACCCAGAUGCACCGUGGGAGUCCCAUCGUGAGAGGGUAUACGUUAUUCAGUUCGCAGGCAAGUGGCUGGUCAGUGGCAGCAGGGAUAAGACGGUCAGGGUCUGGGAUUUAGAAUCACUGCGGCUGAGGGGUCAGCCUCUAGUUGGUCAUACCAAAUCCGUUCUCUGUCUUCAGUUUGAUGCAAGUCCAGAGGAGGAUGUUAUUAUGUCCGGAAGUGGUGAUCGCAGCGUUAUCGUCUGGCGAUUCUCCACUGGAGAAAAAAUACACGAACUUCCCAACGCUCACCUUGACUCUGUCCUCAACCUGCGCUUCGAUAAGCGGUACCUGGUUACUUGCUCGAAGGAUAGGACUAUCAAAAUAUUCAACCGGAAUGCCCUGCUGCCCACUGACGCAGACUACCCCAGGGUUGCCAAGGGAACCGGCCCCAGAUACCCUGACUACAUUAUAGACACUGCAGCAACCCCACCAUCCACACUUGAGGCCCAAAUGGCCAACCAGCAGAUCAAGCCUCUAGCUCCGUACAGUUUGUUAAUAACCUUAGAUGGGCACAGAGCUGCUGUUAAUGCUAUCCAGAUUGACAAGGACGAAAUCGUGUCCGGAUCUGGUGAUCGGCUUAUCAAAGUCUGGAGUAUCCAUAGUGGUACUUGUUUGAAGACAAUAUUAGGCCAUAAUAAGGGGAUUGCCUGUAUCCAAUUUGACAAUCAACGAAUUGUAAGCGGCAGCAAUGAUGACACAGUCCGCAUUUACGACCACACGUCAGGGGCAGAAGUUGCCUGCCUGAAGGGUCACUCGGGACUUGUCCGGACAGUCCAGGCCGGCUUUGGGGAUCCUCCGGGCUCGGAAGAAACCAUGAGACUUGAAGCACUGGCAGUGGACCAGGAAUAUUUUGAAGCUAGACGCCGUGGAGACAUUGAUGAGAACCCUGUAACCACCCGCCGCAGCCAUCGACCCCCAAAUACAGGGUCCAGAUUGCCACAGGACGUCAUGGCGUUGGGCGCCAAAAUACCCCCUGGAGGAGGUGGAAGCAACUGGGCCAGAAUUGUCUCUGGCUCCUACGAUGAAUCAAUUAUCAUCUGGAUGAGGGAUAAAGAAGGCAAAUGGAUUAUCGGACAAAGGUUAAACCAGGCUGAAGCUAUCAGGGCCGCUAGAGCGGCUGCAGCUGCGGCCGCCGCUCGCACACAAGCUAAUGAUCUGAGUUCCACCAAUGAAAUCCUACAGGCUGGUCCUGCAUCAACGGAAACUAUGCAAGGCCCUCACCAUGCAAACAACCUGGAAAUCGGAGCAGCCGCCUCCGCCGCCCACAACCCUCUCCCGCCCCAGCAGCCGACUGACCAAGCAGCAGACACCAACUUGCCUCCGGCCCCUGCGCUCCAGCAUCAGGCCCAAGGGCCCCAUGUACCACCAAACCCGCUGCCUGCCAAUAUUGAUGUCGCAGGACAUCAAGCCCUCAUACCUCCGACAGCAGGAAUAUUAAAGAUCCAAUUUGAUGCACGCAAACUAAUUUGCGCAAGCCAGGAUACCCGCAUCAUCGGAUGGGACUUUGCAGCUGGAGAAAAGAAACUCGAAGAAGCAUGUCAAUUCUUCGAAGGAUUAUAG